ACGGAAGCGCACACUGCACGGUGUAGGGACAGCGAAGAAAAUAAUCACGGCGGAGUAAAAAUAUACUGUAUAAUAAAUGCACGCAUCUGAUUAGGUUCUGUAACUAGCCGCUCAAUAAGUGAAUUAAACCACAACGUUUUUUAAAUGUGUUAAAUGUAUUUUUAAUUCUCGCUACCAUGUGAUUAGCAGGCAUUUAGCAAUGUGAAAGUGUUAGCAUCGCGGUCGUGUCAAUAAAUAAAACCCAGGCGUUAAAAUGCCUCGAAGUUUGUUCCGGAGUGGUGUUUUAGUUCGGGUUGGUCACACUCUGCUGACCUGGGUCACGACUCUUGUACUGUUUCUGCACGACACCGAUUUAAGGAAGAAUGAGGAACGAGGAGAUCUCCUGCUGCCACUCCUCUUUUUCCUCCUGGUGGUUCUGUCAGUCCUCUUGUACUUUACAGUUUCAUUAAUGGAUCCUGGAUUUAUUCAGACUGAUGUCAUGAAGACAUUAUUGAGACAUUUUCAGGUUGAUGAAGAGUCUAAUGAAGAACUGGAGUCAAUGAUUCCCCAGUCGUCCACUCCUCAGCUACGACGUUGUGGGUACUGCUUUCUACAGCAACCAAUGAGAGCAAAGCACUGUCAGACAUGUAACCACUGUGUGCGUCGCUUUGACCACCACUGUCCCUGGAUAGAAAACUGUGUGGGAGAGAGAAAUCAUCGCUGGUUCAUCGUUUAUCUGCUGGUGCAGCUGCUCACUCUGCUCUGGGCUCUUCAUUUCGCUCUGUCAGGAAUUUCUCCCAGCAAUUCUUGGGAAUCCUGGUUUCGUGUGAACAUUUUCCUGUUGGCAACCCUGGUUCUGGUCGGUGUGUUCUCAGUGGUGACAGCAGUGCUGCUGUGCUCCCACCUCUACCUGGCUUCCAUCAACUGCACCACCUGGGAGUUCAUGUCCAGUCACAGGAUCUCAUACCUGAAGAACUAUGGAGAUGAGGAGAAUCCAUUUGACCAAGGGGUUCUCUGCAACCUGUGGGAUUUUUUCUGCGUCUGUAGGACAGUGGCGUGGGAGCACAUCUACCGCCAGAAACAGGACCACUGACUUCAGCUUUCAACCUUGUUGCAGAGUGGAGAAACGAGCGGACAUUUAAUGGGUAAACUUAAUAUUACCUCUUCACUCAACACUUUUUUUACUAAUGUGUCAGGAAAAUACUGUGGCCUUCACAUGCCAAAAAUGCUGAUGUUUCCUAUUUGCUCAGUGAACUCUCAAUCUUACUAAAGUAUUUUUGCAGCAUUUAUACACCAAUAAAAAAAUCAACUUUUCUAUUGAAAUUUCCCAAAUACUAUUAUUACCAACAGGCUGUUUUUAAUGGCAUUUAUACUUUGUAUUUAUUGACAAGAGGACAACAAAAGACUGAUAAUACAGUGUUGUUUUAUGUGUAUUUACAAAGCAGGUUUAUAUACACACACACACACACACACACACACACACACAGUCACACAGAGACUCACAUCUUACAUGCAACAUUUAGCAGCGUCAACAUAAAGUGCUACAGCAGCUAAAGAGCAGGUGAGAAGUUGAAUGUCCCGCUACGAGACAAGAACACAAACAAACACGUUAUUUCAGGUCUUAUGUCUGUGUUUUUCUUAAGAGUAACCAACAGCUGAAACAACAGCUGGUUAUUCCACUUCAAUCAUCCAUUUCCUACUCCUACCUAUUUACUACCACCUGAUUCUUUCAUUUGAAAUGAUUUUCCUGGAAUUUCCAUCUACAUCUCCAUCUAUUAAAUUAUUGUCUUUAUCCCCAGAAUUCUGAAUCUAAGGUGUGGAUUAUUAUGUCAUCUUUUGUAGACAUAAACUGAGGUUUUAGUGGCUUUGGUGAUUGAUCCCAUACAGCUGAGGUUCAAGGGUAACAAAUACUAUUGUUGUCUAUCUAAUUAACUUUUUUUAGAGUAUACAUUUUAAAAUAUGUGCUAUCUGAACUCUACAUUUUCAAUAAUUACUACUUACAACCCAAUUGUGGCUACUGUUCUAUUUUAAGCAACAAUUUGUACCCUAAAGUUUUUUUUACAAUCAGAAUAAAUUGACCGUUUUAAAAAAGUAUAAUUUUCUGUCAUCUACUCUUUGUAGCAGUUUCCCAACAUUCAUUGAACCACAUAACCUAUUUUACAUUUAAAACAAAUUCCACAUUACACUAAACAAAAAUGUCAAAAAAGUACAUAUAAUGAAACAUAAUGACCUUUAAGCUUAAUUGACUCACGAUGUACUUAUUGUGUGUUAAGAUCUUUUCCUGUUUAGUUGACUAGGGCCUGUUUAGAAUUUCUACAUACUCUCAAGAAAGACUUCAGUGAAGAUCAACAGCUCUGGCUCUCUUUUCUAGUUUUUAUAGUUCUCUGCUGCCACCUAGUGAAAUAUUAUUCAACUGUUCUGGUCGCCACUUGCAUAGAUAAACGAAGACAAAUUAUUUUCAGUAAAUAAAUAAUAGUUUUCACACUACACCUGAUGCUCUCUCACUGCACAAUAGUUGGGAAUCAGUGCUUUAUAGUAUAGUAUUCCUAAAUUUGAUAAAAGUGUCUUCAACUAAAUUUCCCAAACUUUUCACAUAAUUCCCCAUAAUAUAUUACUCUUGUAUAUACACACAUUGCUUGACCUUUAUAUAUUGUAUAUUUAGUGUAUAUAGUCUAUAAAUAUUUGGUGCACAUAAAUGGAGUCACUGAGUCUUUCCUCCACUUCUCUUCCAACUGCUUUUCCUCUUAUUGCAUUUCCACGGUCGGAGCUCAGCUUCACUAAAACUGUUUCUAUGAUAACUGUCUGAUUUCUAAUAUUCUAUGGCUUCUCAUUCAUUGGUCGUGGGUCGUUACCCAGCAGUUCACACAAACAUAUACACAAAGAAAUGCC